CGGCCCCGGCCGGCCACGCGCUGGUGAGGAGGCGCAGGAGGGGUGGCCGGCCGGAGAGGCCACGCGGAGGCCCCGGGACUGACAGACAGCGGGAAAGGUGGAAGUCCCCGCAGGGCAGUAAGCCGCACUGUUAUAUCAGGCUCCCGGGGUCAUGGCUGAGCUCAAGUCGCUGUCGGGGGACUCGUACCUGGCGCUCAGCCACGGCUACGCGGCAACCAGCCACGCCUACGCUGCGGCGCGCGGACCGGAGACGACACGCGGCUUCGGUGCAUCGGGUCCUGGUGGUGACCUCCCCGCGGCGCCCGCUUCCCGCGUCCCCGCCGCGACGGUCGAGAGCAGCGGCGAGCAGAGCGGCGACGAGGACGAAGCCUUCGAGAGGCGGCGGCGGCGGCGAGGGCCCGGGGUCGCGGUGGACGCACGGCGGCGGCCCCGGGAGCAACGCUCCCUGAGGCUCAGCAUCAACGCGCGCGAGCGGAGACGCAUGCACGACCUGAACGACGCGCUGGACGGGCUGCGCGCAGUCAUCCCCUACGCGCACAGCCCGUCGGUGCGCAAGCUCUCCAAAAUCGCCACGCUUCUGCUAGCCAAGAACUACAUCCUCAUGCAGGCGCAGGCCUUGGAGGAGAUGCGGCGCUUGGUGGCCUACCUUAACCAAGGUCAGAGCCUCGCGGCACCGGUGGCCGCCGCGCCUCUGACGCCCUUCGGUCAGGCAGCGGUUUACCCGUUCACGGCCGGCGCCGCACUCGGGCCCUGCCCAGACAAGUGUGCCACCUUCUCCGGAUCUCCCUCGGCGCUUUGCAAACACUGUGGCGAGAAGCCCUGACGGCCCCAAGCCCCUUUGCAGCCGCCUUUCUAUUUAGACUGUCUCCUGUCCUCGCUGGCGGGACCCUGAGAAGACCAUGGACUCCCUUUCAGAACUGUUGGGUGCAGAAUGCGAAACCCAUCCUGGCAGAGCCAGAGACUUGGCGCUGGACUCUAAACCCAGCCACAUCUACGGAGCUAUCUCAGCUAAAAGAGGCCACGGGAGGGAACAGAUAGUGGCUGGUCCCGCUUCUGACAAGUGACUCGGUCCAAAGCUUGAGGCGCAGGCACCGAGCACUGCGCUUGACCACAGCCUAGCAUUGGGAAUUGUCCUCUGCCCCAGUUCCUUCUAAGCCAAUUUGCAGGGCCUUGCUCCAACUAGACGUGUUCCGCAGGACAGGUGUGGCCCCUCACCUCGGACCUCUGUCAGCUCCAAGACUCCAGACUCGACCGAUGAGCAAGAUUCCGCCGCGGUCCUUUGGAGAGGAUGUGGAGGCAGACGCAGGAAGAACCCAGGAGGUGAGGUUUGCAACAUUUUCCAAGUCUGAGCUUGCCUGCCCCGAGACUCAGGAAACGCAAGCCGGCCUCAAAAGUCUAUGGAAACAUCCCUAAAUAAGCCUGGACCGCCCAGCAUCUGCCUCCUGUAGGCUGAGGUGGGCGUCACUUCAUUCUGCUUGUCCCAACGGGACUGGUGGAGCCCGCACAACCUGCUCAGGGCUAUUUGACCCUGGAGGGUCAGCCAAGGUCUCCAGUCUAGCUCCAGGGCCAACCAAGCCCCUCUGCACCAGUUCGGGAACUUCUGGAGGAAGCCGGGCUACCGGUGAGUACUCGGCGCUGGACUACAUGGGAACUGGUCGCUCACAAAAUCGGACCGCAGCGCAGAAUCCUGCCUCUGUACCUAGUCUGAGCCUUAGCCUGCGAGCCCCAGAUGUUGCCUGGUUUUCGCUCUGUGGCCCUCAGCAGCUUCCGCCUCCAUUUAACCAAUUUUCUUGGCUUUCGUUCAUGCAAAGCAAAUCGGGAGAGGGCAGCCGCUCAGCAAAGCGCCAGUCUAUAGCGCUUAACUUUAAUUAGUGCAUUUGAAAAGGCCCUUUUGUACUUGCAAAAUGACGUGUGUGAUUAAGUCUUAUUCAUAAAGACGUAUGCUUAAUACUGGUUUCUGCUAAUUCUCUAUUUUUUAUUUCUUAAAUGUCUUUUCCCUCCCCUAAACUAAUCUGCUUUGCACAUUUCAAAACAGGCUGUUUUUCAAGUUCACUUAAGGUGAACACAAGUGUUCGCGCUGGGGUUAUUACGUCAUUAUUUUUUAAAAUCCUUUAUUUAUAUUUAGACCAGGGAUAGUGUGCAGAAUAAAGUAUUUAAAGCUUAUUUUAUAAAAAUAAUAUGAUUAAAUUUUAAUA